AAAUAUAGUCAAUUUGGUCCAGAACCGAGCUGUCUCAUCUGAAAACAAAGCAAGUCUGUGUGGCCACACCUCUUCUCCGCCAUGAACUAGAAGGCAGUUCUGCUCUAAAUCUAAACCACCACGUUUCUAAUCGCAGUCUCUCUCUCUCUCUUCAAUCCCAAUCGCACCAUUUCAACUCAUCCUAUAUUGAGAAAAUGGCCACCAAAUUGCAGAUAUUUACAGGAUUGACCAUGGCUUCAACUCCCGCCUCUUCGUUCCAAUCCCCGCCUUCUUCUUCCUCAUCCUCCACCACCCUCUCCAUGGUCAGGAGACCUCUCACGACGUCGUUUUUCAACGGCGGAGUGGGAGCUCUAAAAGUUGAAGUCAUUAGGGUUGCUCCUUCCAAUAAGCGACAUCAUUCAAGACAACGUGGAGGUGCUCUCGGUACCCGUAUGAACCUUUUUGACCGGUUUUCUAGAGUUAUCAAGUCGUAUGCAAAUGCAAUCAUAAGUUCCUUUGAAGAUCCUGAGAAAAUCUUGGAGCAAGCAGUUCUUGAAAUGAAUGAUGACUUGACAAAGAUGCGUCAGGCCACAGCACAGGUAUUGGCUUCUCAAAAACGAUUGGAAAAUAAGUACAAAGCUGCGCAACAAGCGUCUGAGGACUGGUAUCGAAAAGCACAAUUAGCUCUUCAGAAAGGAGAGGAGGAUCUUGCACGUGAAGCUCUGAAGAGGCGUAAAUCUUUUGCGGAUAAUGCUAAUUCUUUGAGAACGCAACUUGAUCAACAAAAAGGUGUUGUUGAUAAUCUUGUGUCUAAUACAAAGCUUUUAGAGAGCAAGAUACAAGAAGCAAGAUCGAAAAAAGAUACCCUCAAAGCACGCGCUCAGUCUGCAAAGACUGCUACUAAAGUGAGUGAGAUGGUGGGGAAUGUCAAUACAAGUAGUGCCCUUUCCGCUUUUGACAAGAUGGAGGAGAAAGUCCUGGCAAUGGAAUCCCAAGCAGAAGCUCUUGGCCAGUUAACUACAGAUGAUCUGGAAGGAAAGUUUGCGAUGCUAGAGAGCUCUUCUGUUGAUGAUGAUCUUGCAAGCUUGAAGAAAGAACUGUCUGGUAGUUCAAAGAAAGGAGAUCUUCCACCCGGAAGAACUGUUACUCCCAGUUCAAACAAGGCAUAUCCAUUCAAGGAUUCUGAAAUUGAAAUGGAGCUUAAUGAAUUGAGACGGAAAGCGCAGGACUUCUAAGUUUUGCCCAGCAGGCGCACAUUCCAUUUCUUUAAACACAAAUAUGAAGUUGGUUUCAUUCAAAGUACCGGCUAGCAUUUGUAUAGUAGAAGGCCUACAGAUUAAGUGUAUAGCUAGAGGCCAAACUUGAAGCAGAGUUUUUAUUUGUUAUAGUAGACUCUAAUUGUAAGUCUGCAGCAAGCUAGUUUCUUUUUUUCUUUGAACUACAUAGUGCAUUUACAAUUAGAAUACUAUGUUUGGCAUAAGAUUGAGCUCAAGAGGACAUUACUUGGCAGGCAA